UAGUGGAAGGGGAAUUCGACACCCUGAACUAUUGUAAAAGCUAGCUGGCGUAUAGACCCAAGUAUUUGGCCCUUUCCCUUACUUGCCCUUAUCCCUUGGCCUUUGCUUAUGCAAUUCAAGGCGCGGUGCGCGGGCAGGCUCUGCCGACACUUCCACGGCAGCAUGCGGCGUGGCCUCAACGCGCGACGACCACCAGCCAGCACAUGGAACAACAGGCAGCACACGCUCGACCCGGCGCCGCCAAAAGAGUGCACUGGCUUUGAUCUGCGUGACUACCGCAAAGAGGACGAUCUGGCGCUGACCGGUCAGUGCUGGGGACCGGGAAUCACCGGUCCGUCAGAGAACACACAGCGGUACUACAUGUACAAGGCACUGCGGCGCACUGACGCCAACGAGGUGUGGAAGGGAUUCAACGGGAUUCUUUCGCAGGCAGAAUGGCACAAGGUUACCGAGUACGAUGUGAUCCGGAUAAUGCAGAUAAUGAACCAGCAGUACCACUUUGAGCGCGACCCGGUGAUACUCCGGCGGCUGAAGACGGUCGUGCGUGUGUGCGAGGAGAAGGGUAUGAGAUUUACGACCACGUGGGCGUUCAACGAGCUAAUCCGGAUCCACCUGGCGGAGGGCAGACGCGACCUGGCAGACAAGAUCAAACGGAACAUGGACUCGAACAUGUAUGGCCCAAAGGUAGCAGCAAAUGUGCACACGUAUGCAGCGCUGUUUAGCGACCCGUUUGCCAGCUCGUUGUCAGAUCUGAGCAGGCUGACCAAGUACUACGACGAGAUGCUGGGACGCAACAUCGAGCCCAGUAUGCAGAUCCAAAAGUGUCUGAUCAGAGCCGCCCGGCGUGCCGGAGAAUUCAACCUCCUCAGCGCCCUGCUCUCAUCGACGUCGAUGGACUCAAUACCAUAUACGGAGGGCAUCAAAGCAGCGCGGUUCGCGGCAGCACGCGCCCACGGGCAUAUUGCGCUCCGCAAACUCAGCAAUGUCCUGGCUGAUCUGCGCAAACUCCUAGUCUACCAGAUUCCCAAAGACACACGCACCUUCUCCGAGGCCAGCGAAUAUGAGGACAACGUGAAAAUCCCCCUGGCGCUGAGCGAUACGCGGCAGGCGUUCUUCCUAUACCUGCGGUCGCUCUACGAGUCGCUGAUCCGCAUGCAUCUGAUCCGCGGCAAGGGGCAGUUCGCCAAGGAGCUGCUGGACGAGCUGCGCAGCAACUGCUACCUGCCGCCCACGCAGCAGGCGUACACGUGGUUCGUCAGGUUCUACGCCAAGCGCAAAAACAUCGACCAGCUCUGGGAGAUCCACCGCAUGAUGCUCCAGGAUGGUGUGCCGUUCAGCGAACACAUCUACACAAAACUCAUCACCGCCUGCAUGUUCACGCCCAAGAAGCGCCUCCUCAACACUCUGGCGCAGCGCGUCAUCGCUAAAAACAAGCAGGCAGUGCCGAAACCCAUGGACUCCACGCCAUUUACAGAGGCAGAUCUGCACGACCAGGACAUGGCUGAGCGGGUGCAGCUUAGCGAAGCAAACACGGGCCUGCCAGGGAUUCCCGAUGACGUCAAAACCGUCAAGGAUCUCAACGUGGUGGUGUUCCGGCCACGUGACUGCAUCCGGUUCUACGCCGAGCAGCUGCGCGAGCACAACGUGCGUACCGACGAUAUCCGCAACAAGGCAUUUUGCCCGAACAUCCAGACCACCAACGCCGUGAUGCGUGCGUACCGCAUGCUGGACAAGCCCAAGCUGGCACUGCGCGAGUUCAACCGCUACUGCUACCACCAGAAGCGCAUGUACCCGGCUGGGUGCCCGCCCGAAGUCGACAUGCACCGCCGCACAACAAACUUCCUGUUCCGCAUGGCCAUUGAUCUGACCAACGAGCUGGAUCGCGCCCGCGACCACCAGGCCGUGGUUACCACCAUGCUCGAAUGGGGGCUGAACACUAAGGCGAUCGAGAACACCAAAUAGACGUCUUUCUGGUUGAAAUUGUACAUUUUGUUUGACACUAGA